UGUGUGAUGGCUAAUGUGUCAUUGGUUUAUGUGGGAGUUUUGUUUCUCAUCGUGGUGACAGCAUCUUUAGCAAACGGUUCCUCAUUUCGCAAAGAUGUGAGCUCGAGGAAGGAGUUGAAGGCGGCCGCGGUGGAGCUGCUCCUGCCCGGCGGAGCGGAGCCCCAGGCCGGCGGAGCGAAGCCCUGCUCCACCUGCGACCCACCGGGCGCCAGGAGGCGUUCCAAGAGGUGCACGUGUUACACUUACACGGACAAAGAGUGUGUGUAUUACUGCCACCUGGACAUCAUCUGGAUCAAUACGCCAGAGCACACUGUACCGUAUGGCAUGUCCAGUUACCAGGGUUCCCUGCGUGUGAGACGCUCCACUGAGCACCGGAGGAGUGGGGAGGUGGCCCAGCGCUGUGUGUGCACGCGGCAGACUGACUCUCGCUGCAGCAGCUUCUGCAUGGACAGCAGGCAGAAGAGACCAGCCCGAGCAGUGCCUAAAAUAAACAAGAGGACAGCAUCUCUACGCAGUGGACCUGAAAUGGACAUAUAAGUGACAUGCUCAAGACCUAGAAAAUGGACAUGACUUGUCUGUUACAUGAGGCAUCCCAUUUUUACUCAGUGCCUGCUCAUCAGACAAACGGAUGUAUAAGCUGCUUGCACAAAAACAGAAAGCUCUCUUACCGCCUGUGUCUGCUCGGCAGGUGUGGACAAUGUUUUUCAUUAUUCUGUCACAGCUGAGGAAUUGUUCAUAUAGCACGCUUGUGUCAACCAUAAAAGACUUUAAUAGAGCUCACACGUAUCCAUGUGUGUGGAGGCCACUUCAAGAGCUGCUGCCAUCAUUGUCCACCACCUCAAUGCAUGAUGUUAAAAUAUUACAUUCUUUACAAAUUCACAACUUGUCGCAGUCACUGAAACGUCCAUUAUAUAAUUUUUUAUUAGGUUGUUCCAUUAGUUAUUUCAGCAUUUCAGUGAAUUACUCCUUUUUUUCCGUGACAUUUAUUGGAGGAAAGGGGACUUUUAUUAAGCUGUAUCUAAGUCUUGUGAAUAUGAAAUGUGUUUCAAUAUAUAUAGGCUCUAAAUUAUAUUUUCGUACAGUAUGUAUAUGUACAAUAAAGGUGUAUAAUAAGAUGUUGUAUAUAGGAUGAUAUAAUUGAUCAUGCUAAUCAACAGUCU